GAUCAGACUCCAUCCACCCGCGGAACGGCGCCAACGCAAUGGACGCACUCCCCACGCGAUCCCAGCCCUCCGCCCGCACGCGCGCUCGUCCGCCACGCCCUCCGCUUCCGCUCCACUCUUCUCCUCUCCCGCGCGCCACGCCCUCCCUCCCCUUCCCCUUCCUUUCGCCUCCUCACAAAACCAACGCGCCGCCGUCGCCCACAGAUAUUCCCCCCGCUUUUUUCUUUAACCCAUGGCCUCUCUCGUCGCCACCACCCGAAAACUCCAGAACCCGAUUCCGUCCCGUUUCCCUUUCUAUAUUACGUGGAGUAGCCGGGUGGGCAGAUCGCUUCUCGAGCAUCUCCGCCGCGAGGGAGCAUGUGCCAUCCUGGGCUGCCGCCUCUGCCGCCGGGGUGCGAGGUCAAGCGGCGGAGGGCGCCGCCGGUGGCGCGAGUGGGUUCCCCGCCGCCCGUGCCGCGGCGGGAGCAGCCUCAUCAGGCUCAGCCGCACCACUACUGCGUGUGCUCGCCCACGGCGCACCGCGGGUCGUUCCGCUGCCGCUGGCACCGCCGCGGCUACGAGUGGGGCGCUGGCCGCCGCAGGAGCGUGGCGCCGUAGGCAAAAGCCGUCUGGUGACGCGUGCGCGGAUGGUGGCACCUGCUGGCCGCCUCGCCGGCGUACAAGUGUACAACUGCUAUUCUCAGCUCCCUCAGGGCGUCUCCUUGUGCAUCAAUUGCUCGUGUGUUUGUACAGAGUGUAUAGUUGUUAGAACUCAAAAGGAAAGACAAUUAUACAAGUUUGUGCAUUACUCUCUAGUAGUCUGUACAGUUGUUAUAUUUCAUUCGGAAGUACGUGCAUUGGUGAAUCAUACCAUAAGAAUAGCAAUCGUGUAUACUCCGGCCAUUAAAAUGCCGUCAAAAUUCAGUUCAUGCAUAUACACAAGCUAUAUAUCACCGCGAGAAAGAAUAAUACUAUAA